UGUUUCGAGCUGAAUUAAUUGCCGAAAGCUGUGGAGAAGCAGAAGACUGAAGUGAGCUGAUAAAGCUGUGUGUGUGUGUGUCAGUAGGGGGCGCCUGUCCGCUCGCGGAGAGCGCCGGAGACGUCUCGCGCUCGCAGCGCAACAGAGUAUCGGAGCGAGACGCGGAGAGAGAGCAUGGGGCGCGCGGAUCGGCUGGAAUAAGAAACAUUUCCCAACACUUUCAAAAACUUUCUCAACUCGGCAGACAGAUAUGGAUACCAUCAUUUUGAGCAUGUUACUCCUGCAUACGGCGUUUGGAAGCGCAGGAGCCCAGUACACACCCGCUCAAAUGGGACAUGCGGAGAAAGGUGGAUGCUCCUUCGAUGAUGGCCCCGCACAAUGCGACUACCAGCAGGAUCCUUACGACGACUUCGACUGGACACACGUCAGCGCUCAAGAAGUGCCAUACCUGCCCUCUGACCUUCCCCAGGGCUCGUACAUGAUGGUGGACACCUCACAGCACGAUUACGGAGAAAAGGCUCGCCUGCAGAUGCCCGUGAUGAAAGAAAACGACACUCACUGCAUCGACUUCAACUAUCUCCUGUACUGCCCCGACGGCUCCAGCCCCGGGACUCUCAACAUCCUGGUGAAGGUCAAUAAAGGGCCGCUGGCCAAUCCCAUCUGGAACGUCACUUCCUGCACAGGCAAAGGCUGGAUGAAGGCGGAGCUCGCUGUCAGCACUUUUUGGCCCAAUGAGUAUCAGGUCAUAUUCGAGGCAGAGGUGACAAACGGCAGAAGAGGUUUCAUUGCCAUUGAUGAUAUCCAGGUGCUCAGUUACCCAUGCGAUAAAUCGCCCCACUUCCUGCGUUUGGGGGAUGUGGAGGUGAACGCCGGACAGAACGCCACGUUCCAGUGCAUCGCCACUGUCCGUGAUGCCGUCAACAACAAACUCUGGCUGCAGCAGCGUAACGGAGAGGACAUUCCAGUGGCGGAGAAGAAAAACAUCAACCACAGGAAGUUUGCGGCCUCUUUCCGGCUGAGAGAAGUGAGCAGCCAGGGCCAAGAUCUGUACCGCUGCGUCACCCAGUCAGAGAGAGGAUCCGGCGUCUCCAACUUUGCUGGGCUCAUCGUCAGAGAGCCCCCGAGACCCAUCGCUCCACCUCAGCUGCUGGGCGUCGGGCCCACAUACCUGCUAAUCCAGCUAAACGCUAACUCCAUAUUCGGGGACGGCCCCAUCAUCCUGAAGGAGGUGGAGUACAGGAUGACAUCUGGAAGCUGGACAGAGACCCACGCCGUCAGCUCGCCCAGUUACAAGCUGUGGCACCUGGAUCCCGACACGGAGUACGAGAUCCGAGUGCUGCUGACCCGUCCGGGAGAGGGGGGAACCGGACAGCCCGGGCCGGCUCUCAUCACCAGAACCAAGUGUGCAGAACCCAUGCGGACCCCCAAGAGUCUGAAGAUCGCAGAGACGCAGGCACGCUUCAUCGCCGUGGACUGGGAGUCGCUGGGCUACAACAUCACCCGCUGCCACACCUUCAACGUCACCAUCUGCUACCACUACCACAAAACCAACCAGAGCAAAGCCGACUGCCUGGAGAUGGACCCCAAAGCCCCCCGACACGUGCUGGGCAACCUGCCUCCCAACACCAACGUCAGCCUGAAGAUGAUCCUCACCAACCCGGAGGGACGCAAAGAGAGCGACGAGACCGUCAUCCAGACGGAGGAGGAUGGUAUGAGAACCACUUCCCAACCCUACUCGCCUACUCUAGAGGAGUACGAUGGGUCGGAGGCGUCCCUGAAUGAGACGGCCACUACCAUCACCGUCCUGCUGAAACCUGCCCAGGCUAAAGGAGCGCCUAUCAGCGCCUAUCAGAUCGUUGUGAGGGAGAUCAAUCCACACCGUGCACGGCGGGAGGCCGGCGGCGGGGAGUGUUACCGUGAGCCGGUGACCUAUCAGAACGCGGCCAGCGCCGGGCUGCCGUAUUACUUCGCGGCAGAGCUCCCGCCCAGGAAUCUCCCAGAGCCGCUGCCGUUUACCGUAGGAGACAACAAGACGUACCACGGCUACUGGAACGCCCCCCUCGCACCCCGCAAAAACUACAACAUCUACUUUCAGGCGGUCAGCAGCGUGGAGAAGGAAAGUAAAACGCAGUGUCUGAAACUGGCUUUUAAAGGUAAGCCCUUUGAAUUUAAAGUAUCUGUUGCUUAUGCUGGUACGGUUGAUUCCCACAUUGCUCUCACCAAUAUCUCUUCAUCUGUUUGUGCUGUUUCUCAUUCGCUCGCCAGGAGGAGCUACUAUUCGUACUCAUAUUACCUGAAGCUUGCCAAGAAGCGCAAGGAUGCCAUCGGAAACACCCGUCAGGAGAUGACGCACAUGGUCAACUCCAUGGAUCGCAGUUAUGCAGACCAGAGCACUCUGCACGCCGAGGAGCCCAUGUCCGUCACCUUCAUGGACUCGCACAGCUUCAGCAACCGCUUGCCUAAUGACCCUCUCGUGCCGACGGCUGUAUUAGUGCCUAUCACUGACGAGAACCACACAGCAGCGGCCGAGAACAGCAGACUGCUGGACAUCCCGCGCUAUCACUGCGAGGGCACCGAGUCGCCCUAUCAGACCGGACAGCUCCAUCCAGCCAUACGGGUGGCCGACCUGCUGCAGCACAUCAAUCUGAUGAAGACCUCCGACAGUUACGGCUUCAAGGAGGAGUAUGAGAGCUUCUUUGAGGGUCAGUCUGCCACCUGGGACGCAGCAAAGAAAGAGCAAAAUAGAACGAAGAACCGAUACGGGAACAUCAUUGCAUACGAUCAUUCUCGAGUGAUCCUGCAGCCAAUGGAAGACGACCCGUCCUCCGACUACAUAAAUGCCAACUACAUUGAUAUUUGGCUGUACAGGGAUGGAUACCAAAGGCCCAGCCAUUACAUCGCAACUCAAGGCCCUGUCCACGAGACGGUGUACGACUUCUGGAGGAUGAUCUGGCAAGAGCAGUCGGCUUGUAUCGUGAUGGUAACCAACCUAGUGGAGGUGGGCCGGGUGAAAUGUUAUAAGUACUGGCCAGAUGAUGCUGAAGUUUAUGGAGAUUUUAAAGUGACAUUUGUGGAGGUCGAGCCGCUCGCAGAAUACGUUGUCAGGACUUUCACUCUGGAGAGGAGGGGUUUUAAUGAGGUGCGAGAGGUAAAGCAGUUUCAUUUCACUGGCUGGCCCGAUCAUGGAGUACCGUACCACGCUACAGGACUGUUGUCAUUUAUCAGACGAGUCAAGAUGUCCAACCCUCCCACCGCUGGGCCUAUCGUCGUCCACUGCAGUGCGGGAGCGGGCCGGACCGGAUGUUACAUCGUGAUUGACAUCAUGCUGGACAUGGCAGAGAGAGAAGGGGUGGUGGACAUCUACAACUGCGUCAAAGCUCUGCGCUCCAGACGAAUCAACAUGGUUCAGACUGAGGAGCAGUACAUUUUCAUCCACGAUGCCAUCCUGGAGGCGUGUUUGUGUGGCGAGACGGCGAUUCCCGUGUGCGAGUUCAAAGCGGCGUACUACGACAUGAUCCGCAUCGACUCUCAGAGCAAUUCCUCUCACCUCAAAGACGAAUUCCAGACGCUGAACUCAGUGACUCCUCAGCCUCAGCCUGAGGAUUGCAGCAUUGCACUCCUUCCUCGAAAUCACGACAAGAACCGUUUCAUGGACAACCUCCCGCCCGACCGCUGCCUGCCCUUCCUCAUCACCAUCGACGGAGAGAGCAGCAACUACAUCAAUGCAGCGCUCAUGGAUAGCUACAGGCAGCCGGCCGCGUUCAUCGUGACCCAGCAUCCGUUACCCAACACCGUCAAGGACUUCUGGAGGCUGGUGUAUGAUUAUGGAUGCACCUCCGUCGUCAUGCUAAACGAGAUCGAUUUGGCUCAGGGUUGUCCUCAGUACUGGCCGGAGGAGGGAAUGCUAAGAUACGGCCCUGUACAGGUGGACUGCAUAUCCUGCUCUAUGGACUGUGACGUCAUUAGUCGUCUUUUCAGGAUAUGCAACCUGACCAGGCCUCAGGAAGGUUACCUGAUGGUCCGUCAGUUCCAGUACCUGGGAUGGGCGGGUCAUAGGGAAGUUCCCGCCUCCAAGCGCUCGUUCCUCAAGCUGAUCCUCCAGGUGGACAAGUGGCAGGAGGAAUGUGAGGAAGGCGAUGGACGCACUAUUAUACACUGCCUGAACGGAGGCGGCCGCAGUGGGAUGUUCUGUGCCAUCAGUAUUGUGUGUGAAAUGAUAAAGCGGCAGAAUGUUGUAGACGUCUUUCAUGCUGUGAAGAGUCUGAGGAACAGCAAGCCCAAUAUGGUGGACAGCCCGGAGCAGUACCGCUUUUGCUAUGAUCUGGCUCUGGAGUACAUCGAGACGUCGUAAUGGAGACAUCAUCUCAUACAGACUCGUGUGUGUGUGUGUGUGUGUGUCCAUUUGUGCAUCUGUGUUGACUUUCAUGAAAUUCAAGUGCCAGCCACCCGGUCAUGUUUUUUUUAUAUAAUCGUUUUUUAAAAUUUUUUAUUUUGUGCAGCCAUUUGAAACCGUAAGCCCGAGCUGUUGCAUGCUGAAGACGCUCUUUAUUUCUUUGUGUCUAUCACUGUUCCUGUUAAUAAUAACCAUAUAUAGUAGUACUAGUAUAAAUGGACAUUGUUUUGAAAAGACACACACAUGUUUAUCCAUCGAUUGAGAGCGUGUGACUUUGGCUCGAGAAGACUGCAUUCCGCACUAAUGGCUGGCUUAUUAUGUGUUCUUUUGAUUUUUAGUAGCAGACGAUGACCAUAAGCCAAAGACUUGUGUAAAUAUGUCUAUAGGGAUGAAGCACAUUGUUUGUAUUUAUUGUUUACUUGCAUUUUUGAAAGCUCAAAACAAUCAUUAUCAUUCCCCGUUCGGCUGAAAUUUUCACUGCAAACACUCUUUGUAGAUUUUUAUGUAUGAGACAGAUUUAAGUAGUGUUAUUUUUUGUUGUAUUUGAAAAUUGUAUUUUCUCUUUUUUUGUUAUCUUUCACAUGCUAUCAUGGUUUGUUUUGCAUAACUGAUUGUGAAUUAUUCUUUUGCUGAGGAGAAAAGAGAAGAGCUCUAUUUUUUUCUGACGUUUUCACAUUUGUAUUGUGCUGGAAAUGGAAAAAAAACACAAACAAUGAAGUGUAUGCAUUAAAAAUAUACACAGUAUUAGACUCCAGUGUGUUUAGGAUCAAAGCCAAUUUAAGAAAAAAGAUGCAGCCUGUAUCGAUGCUGAUCGGACGUUUUAUAAAAAACAAAACGGCAACAAAAAAUCCAUCAUGUGAAAUAAUAACUUAUGUAUUUUUUGUCUGUAGUUGUUGGCUGUAUUACAAUGUCAAAUAGU